AUGGGAAAUCACUUUGGAGAUACAGACGGAGUAGCCAAAACGCGCGCAGUGACGGUCGAAAUCAAACAACUUUCCGGCGGAACCCUUCAGUUGUUCGGCGCGGAGCCCGAUGGAAAUGAUUGUUCGUCUCUAAAGCAAAUCGAUCCUGGCAAUUUCACAACGCCAUCAGCACAGCCCUUUUCUUUUGAUGCCUACUGUUUUGAGCUAAGCUGGAAUAUCACCGGUUCACCUGACGACGAGAUCGGUUUUUUGUUGACUCUGAGAACUGAACCAGAUCCAAGGGUUUUUGCAUUGACCGAAGAGACGCCGUCGUUUGCGAUUCACGGGGACCGUUUGCUGGAGUUUGAGAUAAUUCGACUGACAUUCGACGGGACCAACACCGUAACUGUGGACGUGUCGAGGGAAGAAUGCCGGAACGAGCAGUUGACUUGCCUUGGCAGCACGACGACUUUCAAAAGCUAUGCUGGCGCUGAUCCGGGUCCUCGUCCAAACGAGAAGCACCAUUUAAUUGAUGGAAGAUAUCCCGAUCUUCGUAUCGAUUCCACAUCUACAGCCACUACGAUUUUCACCGAACAACAAUGCGUGUUCUGUCUUGUAUUCGACAUAUUCUCCAAAGUGAUGUCGGGAGCGUAUACUAUGAACGGGAUGUCCCUAUGGACGUCGGGAUAUUAUCCGUGGAUUUUCGACAAACCGGAACGCCUUGCUCUGGGAGCAGUACCGUCAAUUUUUUAUUCUGGUUAUGUAGUUGAUAGUGAAGGAGAGCUCUCUCCAGGCGAGUUGCUAGACUUUCAAUUCAAACAGAUUGGAGCAUCACUCAGACCAACUUCACGCAACUCGAAAAUCACGAACGCAUUAAUGUCUCAUGCAUCUAUC